AUGGGUGGAGAUGCAGGCUUAGCUCCGUUUGCCAGCAUACUGUCUAAUAAGUACGGUCACCGGCAAGUGAUCAUUGUGGGAGGUCUUCUAGCUGGCCUGGGUCUCUCUUCGUCAUAUUUCGCCACCACUCUCACCGCCAUGUACAUCAGCUACGGAGUAGCAUUUGGCGCGGAGACUGCGACUAUCCGUCAGCCCAGUCCAGUCUCCAUCCUCGUCGUCUACUUCCGGACAGCGCAUACUCGAUCGGAUCCGUCUCGUUGCAUCUGCGGUACGGGCGUCGGCUCUCUGCUCUUCCCCUACCUCACGGAGUUCCUUCUACAGCAGUACAACAUCGGCGGUACCUUCCUCGUCUCCGGCGCCGUCACCUUGAACAUCGUCGCUGCGGGCGCGCUGAUGCGACCGCUGUCCGCGACGGUGGCGCCGCCGUCGGAGAAGAUUCCUCCGCGGGAGGGCGCUGGCGACGGCGUCGACAACGUCGGCUUCUGCGAUGACGAUGCUGAGACGCUCAGCAGCGGUGUCGUCGUCUGCAUCGAGUCGCACACCGCCCCGCAGUGCAGCGACGGCGCCACCGUCGCAUGCAAAGAUGGCGCCCGUGCGAAGGAUGGCGCCGCUGCGAUUACGUUUCCAUGGCACCUGCUGAAGGACGCCGGCUUCAUUCUGUUUGCGCUCUCGCUGACGCUGUUCAUAUUCGCCUAUCUCAGUAUCUACCAGCUGAUGCCGCUGAUAACCGACAAGCUGGGAGAUGGCAGCUUCAGUGGCGCCACCAUGAUCGCCUUCAUGAGCAUCGCGGAGACGAUCUGCCGCGUGCUGUGGGGCGUCGUCUGGGACCACGGCGUCUUCCGUAAACCCAACGUUCGAAUGAUUGGGAUCGGUAUACUGCUUUUCUUGAGCGGAGGUCUGGUGUUCGCCUGCAUCUUCAUCACAGUGAACGAGCUGCUGGCCGGAUGGACGAUGGUCACGGGUGUGUUGGUGGCCGGAGUUCUCUCCACCUUCAUCCCCAUCACGAUGGACAUUGCCGGACCUACGCAAGUCGGCAACGGUUACUCGAUAGUGAUGGUCGGACAAGGGGCAGUGAUGGCCGUGGGACCGCUGUUUACGGGAUAUCUCGUUGAUACUUCGGGAUCGGUGGAUAGCGCCCUCUACCUACUCGGAGCUUCGUUCAUCCUAGGAGGAAUCUUCGUCGGAGUCAUUCCUCUGGUGCGACGGUGCCGCCACCCUGAGACAGAAAUAUCAAGUACUGAGACGGAUUACAGUGAUGAUAAUCUCCAAGGAAACACGACAAACGUGAAGAUAUUUGCAGAGGUUUCGUACUUAGACAACGAUCGCUUUCUGUCUACAAGAUUGUAAAAUCGUCAUCAUUAACUUCGAUUGUCUCGUUUGUAGUAAGUCUCGUUUGUGUAGUAAUUCAAGUGAAGUACUUUUAAAUGGUAAUUGAAUAGCUACUAUAUGCACAAAGAUUAAACUAUU